AUGGCAGCGAUCGAGGACUCGAAGGAUACUUCUCAGGGUAGAUUAAGGAAUACAUCGGGAUAUUCUGAUUUCGACCAAGGUCAAAAAUGGGAGAGGCGAUUGGAUUCUAUUCGUACGGGAUCAUUCGAAGAAAAUUUGAGGGAGGCAAAUGUCAAUGAGUUUCCUCCGGACCCCAACAAACCCACCGUCCAGCAAUCUUGGGAUGCGAUUAUGAAGAUGUCGGACAUGCUGGAUAAUGAUAAUAUGAAUGGCUAUAAGGAGGAUCUUGAUACGCUUCUGGUUUUCGCUGGCUUGUUCUCUUCGGUCGUGACCGCUUUCGUAGUGGAGUCGUAUGGAUGGCUGCAGGCAGAUCCUGCCGAUACUACCGUCGCGCUUCUCUCACAGAUCGCUCAUCAGAUGAGCAGCAGUGGCCAGUCUCAGUCUCUACCUCCUCCUCCACCCCUGCCGUUCACUCCCUCACCCUCAGUCGUACGGAUCAACACAUUUUGGUUCCUCAGUCUCACCCUCGCUCUGGUCGACGCCUUAUUCGGCCUUCUUUGUAAACAAUGGGUUCGUGAACAGCAACGCAAAAUAAUAGCACGAACUCCCGGGCAGGCGUUAACCCUCCGAUGGCUACGGUUACAAAGUUUCGAACGGUGGCACGUGCCCAAAAUCCUAGCCUGCCUCCCGAUCCUCCUCGAAAUCGCACUCUUUCUUUCCUUUGCUGGCCUCUUGGAGCUUCUAUACAUUCGACAUCGAAUUCUAUUCGCAAUCACAUGUACAGUCAUCGGAAUUGAGGUAGUAUUCUAUCUCACAACGACGUUACUUCCCGGGAUAGACAUCCUCCGCCAGGUGUUUGAAACCCACCCGUAUUUCGCAACUGAAAAUCCGGUGUUUGAGCCGGAUGAUAUCUCUCGGUUGCCAAAGAUCGAGUUUAUAUGCCCCUACAGGCCCCCACAGUCGUGGCUUAUUUUUCACUUGUUCGCAGCGGUGUACCGUAUUCCUGGGUGUAAAAGGCUGCUGUAUUCAUUUAUCACCACGUUAAUCGGGAAUGGAAGAAGAGUACAGCGUCGAUUGGGAAUUUGGAUUACCUCACCAAAAACAUUGCUGGCAUUUCCAAUUGGUCGUCGGUGGAUAUGA